CUUACCAGUAAUAGCUCCUACAUAAUUUGCCUUUCUUAAAAAAUAAAUCAAUUUUACAAGAAUUAACGCGCUUUCACCACGAAGUCGCCCCCGAGGAGGAGGAGCAGUUGCUUUUAGGGUGCCUCGAUCAUAUAGAGGAGGUUUACUCGGAGCCCUGCAUCAGCACGGCGACGGUGAUGCAGCGUGCUAACGUGGCAGGUCCAUCGACAGCGCUGGACAUACACCUGAUGGAGAAAGAAGAAGAAGAAGAAGAAGAAGAAGAGGGCGAAGAAUCGCUUCACAAUACGUGGGAUGAAAUCAUGUCAAUAGCAUCGGCCGGUAGCGAUCGCAGUGUCUAUGGCAAUGGUGAUGAUGAUGACCGCUCGACCAUGUCCAGCGCUUCUAACGUGCACUAUCAAUUUGUAGACCCGUUGGAAGCUGCUGGCUACGAUGACCACAUUGCACUGGGUAACGCACGGCCUCCGCAGGAGCACGACGACGCGGAAGAACCAGUGCUAUGGGAUCUCAGGAACGGCGUGUACGAGGUAGCGGAUACCGACGAAGCGGCCGAGGCAUUAGCGGGGCGCGAUGUGGGCCCGAGCGCCGCGGCUACCCUCGAGGAAGGGGAUGAUGAUGAAAACCUUUUAGACGCUGUAUUCUCAUCCAUCGGGUCGAUGUUUAAUUCUUGAGAGGAAUGAGAAAUGCGGUGGAUGCGGACACGCAGUAUCAGACUGGCGGGGGACCCCUUCUUCGGUCGCAGAGUUGUGUCGACGAAGACACCGACAACGAUGGAGUCAGCGAUAACGACAUGUUACCACCAGGGUAUAGGUUUACCGUACAAGCCGAAACGACGCGCCGCAUAAAUCGGUUUCGAUUAGACGGACGCGAAAUAACAAUGGCUAUCCGGCAGCCACCCCAAG